UUCCAGAGAGGCUGUGGUCCAUAGCCUCUGUUCGUUUUCACUGCAGGACCAGGCACGAAAGUUAAAACAAAAUGAAGAUUUUUUCUGAAUCUCAUAAAACAGUAUUUGUUGUAGAUCACUGCCCUUACAUGGCAGAAUCAUGCAGACAGCAUGUCGAGUUUGAUAUGCUGGUGAAGAAUAGGACCCAAGGAAUCAUCCCUUUGGCCCCCAUAUCUAAAUCCUUGUGGACUUGCUCAGUAGAAUCUUCCAUGGAAUAUUGUAGAAUAAUGUAUGAUAUAUUUCCUUUCAAAAAGCUGGUGAAUUUCAUUGUGAGUGACUCUGGAGCACAUGUUUUAAAUUCUUGGACUCAAGAAGACCAAAAUUUGCAGGAGCUAAUGGCAGCAUUAGCUGCUGUUGGGCCUCCUAAUCCACGAGCAGAUCCAGAAUGCUGCAGCAUUCUGCAUGGUCUCGUUGCAGCAGUGGAAACCCUGUGUAAAAUUACAGAAUACCAACAUGAGGCUCGUACUCUACUAAUGGAAAAUGCAGAACGUGUUGGAAAUAGAGGACGAAUAAUUUGCAUUACUAAUGCAAAAAGUGAUAGUCAUGUGCGAAUGCUUGAGGACUGUGUCCAGGAAACAAUUCACGAGCAUAACAAGCUUGCUGCAAAUUCAGAUCAUCUCAUGCAGAUUCAGAAGUGUGAACUGGUCUUGAUCCAUACUUACGCAGUUGGUGAAGACAGCCUUGUGUCUGAUCGUCCUAAAAAGGAGUUAUCCCCUGUUUUAACCAGUGAAGUUCAUAGUGUUCGUGCAGGACGGCAUCUUGCUACCAAGUUAAAUAUUUUGGUACAGCAACAUUUUGACUUGGCUUCAACUACUAUUACAAAUAUUCCAAUGAAGGAAGAACAACACGCUAAUACAUCUGCCAAUUAUGAUGUGGAACUACUUCAUCACAAAGAUGCACAUGUGGAUUUCCUGAAAAGUGGUGAUACUCACAUAGGUGGCAGCAGUAGAGAAGGCUCGUUUAAAGAAACGAUAACAUUAAAAUGGUGCACACCCAGGACAAAUAACAUUGAAUUACACUAUUGCACUGGCGCUUACCGAAUUUCACCUGUAGACGUAAAUAGCAGACCUUCCUCCUGCCUUACUAAUUUUCUUCUAAAUGGUCGUUCUGUUUUAUUGGAGCAACCACGAAAGUCAGGUUCCAAAGUCAUUAGUCAUAUGCUUAGUAGCCAUGGAGGAGAGAUUUUUUUGCAUGUCCUUAGCAGUUCUCGAUCCAUUCUAGAAGAUCCACCUUCAAUUAGUGAGGGAUGUGGAGGCAGAGUUACAGACUACCGGAUCACAGAUUUUGGUGAAUUUAUGAGGGAAAACAGAUUAACUCCUUUUCUAGACCCCAGAUAUAAAAUCGAUGGAAGUCUUGAGAUCCCUUUGGAACGAGCAAAAGAUCAGUUAGAAAAACACACCCGUUACUGGCCUAUGAUUAUUUCACAAACCACCAUUUUUAACAUGCAAGCGGUAGUUCCAUUAGCCAGUGUUAUUGUGAAAGAAUCUUUGACAGAAGAAGAUGUGUUAAACUGUCAAAAAACAAUAUACAACUUAGUUGAUAUGGAAAGAAAAAAUGAUCCUCUACCUAUUUCCACAGUUGGUACGAGAGGAAAAGGGCCUAAAAGAGAUGAACAGUACCGUAUCAUGUGGAAUGAGUUAGAAACCCUUGUCAGAGCUCAUAUCAACAACUCAGAGAAACAUCAAAGAGUAUUGGAAUGUCUGAUGGCAUGUAGAAGCAAACCCCCAGAAGAAGAAGAACGAAAGAAACGAGGAAGAAAGAGAGAGGACAAAGAGGACAAAUCAGAGAAAGCAGUGAAAGAUUAUGAACAGGAGAAAUCUUGGCAAGAUUCGGAGAGAUUAAAAGGAAUCUUGGAACGUGGAAAAGAAGAGUUGGCUGAAGCUGAGAUCAUUAAAGAUUCACCCGAUUCCCCAGAACCUCCAAACAAAAAGCCCCUUGUGGAGAUGGAUGAAGCUCCACCAGUAGAAAAAUCAAAAGGUCCAGUGUCCUUAUUAUCCCUGUGGAGUAAUAGAAUCAAUACUGCCAAUUCCAGAAAACAUCAGGAGUUUGCUGGACGUUUGAACUCUGUUAAUAACAGAGCUGAAUUGUAUCAACAUCUUAAAGAGGAAAAUGGAAUGGAGACAACAGAAAAUGGCAAAGCCAGCCGGCAGUGAAGAAUGACUUGAGGAACUAAAAUUUACUAUAU